UAUAUACUGUGACUGUGUCUUUUCAUCGCCUCUGAAAUGAACCAGAGCGCACACGCACCUCUUCAGCACGGAAGUGAUGAAUCCUCUUAACAACAGCAUCAGCCCCAUCCAUCCAUUCAUUCAUUAUUAGGGCGACAGACCCGCACUUCCUCUUCCUUCCGAGGGAUGACGCUAGAAUCAAAAGACAAACUCAUAAUUGGGGGGGUCUCCAGCUCUGCCCGUGUCACAUGGAAGCACAGUAGCUGAGCCGAGGGGACGCGCGUGGAGAUGGAGGGGGCUUGACUGACUGUGGAGGAGAAACCUGGCACUUGGAUGUUAACACUGGAGCUUCAGCUGAACACAGGCGGGUUUUUUUGGACUCUGAUCACAGCUCAGCUCAGACUGACUGACUGACUGACUGCAGGGGGGAGCGGGGGUCGCGCAGUUAAAGCGGGUCAGAGGAUGCCACAUGCAAUAUGCUGCAUUCCUGUUUGGUGAAGCCCGAGAAAAAAGCCAUCAAGUUGUCGCCGGUUGUUGAUUAUGCGCGCGGGGAGCGAGUCCUGGUCCGAGUGGGAACAGAAGCUGAAGGAAGCUGAUGAUGAUGAUGGUGAUGAUGCUGCGCCUCCCCAAAUCUCUGAGCUGAAUCCCAGUGAGACCGUGGCACUUCCCUGCGUGCAUGAGUGUGAGGGUGUGAGUGUGUGUGUGUGUGAGAGCAAGUGAGCGUCAGCGCUCCCACAUGGCCUCCAUGCAGGACGGGCUGAACUUCACGGCUCCUCCCUACGGCAAGGUCCUGCUGCUGGGUGCUAUCGCUGCUGCCUCAGCCUUCGUUGUUACGAUCCUUAUUGUGGUGCUCUGUGUGGGCUGCCAGAGGAAGGGAAAGACACAUAAUGUCUCCGGUGAAGGUGGAAAACAUCGUCUCAUGGACAUGGGAAUACUCAGGCAGUCGAAGCUGCGGUCCAUCAGUAAAUCUGACACAGAGAUGAACAAGAUGAACUGCAAUGGCAAAAGCAGGCAGCUUCCCCAGAUCCCUUCAGGGACUGGAGAGGACGGAGAGCACACUUACUCUGAGGUGGGCAGAAGCUCUUCAGCCACACGUACUGACGAUGCCCUCUACGCCAUGGUAGGCAGGGCUGGUCAGACGGACACUCCCGCCCCUCCGGCUGUCCCGGCGAACACGCCGGCGCCCCCGGACCCAGACGGAGACGUGGAAGGAGGGCUGCCUGAACCCGAGGCCCAGGUCAUGACUCCGCCUCAUCCUCCGGAGACGGCCGAGUACGCCUGUGUCAGGAAGUUGAGGAAGGUGGACAAGGCGCCCCAAAAGAGGGACAGCGGGACCGACAUGGGGGAGCCACCUGCGCCGCCUCCACGGCACGCCCCGCCGCCACACCCCGCCCCUCCUCCGCCACACCCUCAUAGCACAAAGUUGCCGCGAAGAAACAUGGAUGCCUUUAAUGUCCCAUCAUUCCCAAAGGUUGGUAGAGUUGAUUUUUUUUUUUUGCACACACGGAAAAUGUAACUUUUUAACAGAUGAUGUUUUUGAAGCUGACGCAGUGAGACUCCACUUACACUAUUAACCAUGUUACAUUUUUGUAUCUCGAUAUGAUUUUAACCAAUUUACAUUUCCCCUCAGUGUCCACACUGAGUUCUGGUCAUCCACGACCAAGAAGAUAACAGUCGUCUUAUGUGAUUGUAUUUACACUGUUGUCUUACAAAACUGCUUCAUGAGGGUCUCAAAUAACAUUUAUACCAGAGACUGCUUGAUCUGCGAUAAAUGUAACAAUUCAGUUGCGGAUAUCUGCAUUGUAGAUAUCUCUAAUUCUAUUUUCAGAUAUCUACAACGUCAUUAUGUCUUAAUUCAGGUUCAAGAUAUCCGUAAUUAUCCUCAAUUGAAGGUAUCGACAUUGUCCUUUGUGGAUAUCUUGAAUUCAGACUCAGAUAGUCAGAGAGAAGUUGUAGACAUCACAAACUCCAAUUGUGACUCGUCAUAAUGUCGUAGUAAGAAUGACGUUGCAGAUAUCGGUUAGUGAAUAUCCUGUUGACUGAUUAAAUGUUAAAACCACUUGCCACAGUGGUCGAUGUAUUCAAAUGUCCAGUUGUCCAAAUUGAAAAAGGAAGGUAUGGAAGAAGAGAUGCAAAUCAUGUGAGCCUUUAUUGUUGGCCCUCUUGGACUUUCUUGGAAGUUGUUUGCUUGCUUCUCAUCUUCUGAUCGGAUGGAGCUAAUCCGUCAAUUCAACAGGGCAAACUGUCCAUGCUGACAGUAGCUCACACACCUUCCUGAUGAGGGCUUUGGACGGUCAUAUAGCUUAUGUAAAGGUACAAUAAUCCAUAUGGUAUGUGUCCUAAUCACCGGGACGUGUUAGCAGUUAUCGUGAACUGAUUCCGAAAAAUAAAUGGAAGAAAGAAAGAGGAACCCUUCCUCACGUUGUGAGUGUUGUUGUCCUCGGUGCCACAUAAAAAGGUAACAGCUUCACAUUUCCUUUGCAAUAAGCCUUGACAGCAACACCUCAGUGGUCACUUUUAUCUUCAGUGAUUGAGGAAUGAUGGCUGGAGGGGGAGAGGAAGACAGCAGCUUGUUGUUCUCUGGAGGUCUGACACGGGCGGUAGAUGAGAUGAUGGAAAGCACAAGACUUGAGGUGACGUCUGUGCUCUUGUGCAGUAUCUUUUGUAGCAGUAGAGUUCAGUGAUCGGUCACUCUGCUCUGAUUUUUGUGGUUUAAGGACAUUCAUUCAUUCAUCUUCUACUGUUUCAUCCUCCACAUAAGGGUUGCCGGGGGUCAGCUGGUGCGAGAGACGGGGUACACAAACUAUCAUCCACUCUCAAUUUGGAGAGUCCAAUUUAUCUUAUCCCCAAAUUCUGCAUGAUUUUGGACACACAUGGAGAACAUGUGUGGUUUAAGGG